AUGAAAGGGGGAAGUAGUGCAGUUGCGGGACGUAGUGGAGGUGGUUGCCGAAUAAAAAAGGUGACCUUCCGAGAACCUCCAGAAGUCUGUGAAUUUAGUAAAAACGAGAAGCAUGAGUAUGAUGAACUGUCUUGUGGAGAAAGUGAAGCUAAUGAAUUUUUUUUGGACGACACCGAGAUGUCAUCACUGAUGGAAAACUUCGACCCGACAGAUUUUGGCAUUAAAGAAAAGCUAACUGAAAGUGAAAAGAAAAUACUCAUCAGGGAAAUUUACGGAAGAAGAAGCGCUAAUGGUGCGUCCUCUACGUCCGUAUCAAACAGGAAGCAGGACAAGAAGAGUAUUACCCUUAGGGUGGAACAUCCAGGGGGGACACAAGAAGAAACAACCAGCUAUGCUAGUAAGCAGAAUGGAGGAAGCCAACGUUGGGAACAUGCCAUAGACAACACAAGUGAGACGAACAUCAAAAUGAUGGAAAAUCAGAAGAAGAAGAGGAAAAAAAAAAUCAAAGGACGACGGAAGGAGGAGGACCCUAUGGCCUACCUCGAUGGAGAUUGUUACUUCCCAGAUGACGGGUAUGACUAUGAACAACACCUAAAAACUAUAAGUCCCAAUUUUGUAAGUGUAAAAUCCAAAGCAGAGAAUAACCUUUUUGAGGUUAAGCCAACAGAUGAAGAAGAAACAGAACUAUUUAAAACGUUCGAAGCGGACAACUACGAAGAACUGAAUGAUAAUUUUGUGUACGAAGCACAGGAUGUGAGUGGGGAGGAUAAGUUAGACGUGCCAAAGGAUCUCAUUUGGGGCACCCCCGACGAUUGGAGUUUCCCCAUGGGGGGUAUGAGUGCCACUUAUUUGACUGACGAUUCGAUGCAACUAAACCAGUUUGGAGAAAGCGAGGACGGAGACACCACCGACGGGGGGAUUAGCGAUGUGGAGGCAGCCCGUUUGCCAGGGAAUCAUCACCUUCGUAGUGGUAGCAGCGGCGGUGACCAAGGUAAACGAGGCAACCCGAAAGAGAACGGAUACGUCAUCUUCGAUGAAGGUACACACGCAGGAAUAUCCACAUGUGAGAAGAAAAAACAAAAGGAUACAAACACAGACGAAAGCGACCCGAACGCACUAAAGCUGAGCGAUCUGGUCAAGCUGGAAAUGCAAAAAGUCGACAGCAAGAAUUUGAAUGAAAUAAAAAAUAUUGUUGUAAAAAAAAAAAAAAAAAAAAAAAAAAAUCGUACAGCAAAUAAUACAGAUAAUACACUUGUCAACGUAAAUGUAGAGGACAAAAUCAAAAUUUUGCAAAUUUUAAAUUCACAAAAGGAGGAAGAAGGUCACCGUGGGAAGGGUGAUGGGGAAGAGAACUCCCAUUCGGACGCAUCCGGGGAGAAUUUCUUCUCCUCCUCUGAUGCAUCGUCUUCAUCACUGUCAUACGAUUGCGAAACAAUCCUCACGACCAAGACGAACACAACAAACCACCCCUGUAAGUUAGUUAUUCCCAAGAAGGUCCCUACCCCCGCUUCUGCCAACCCGCUGAUUAACCCUCUCCCUCAGGGCAACGCAAACCCGAGGAGGAGGGACAGGGAGAAGGAGAAAGUGGCCGAAGAGGCCAAACUGGAGAGCUACGUAGUCCUGGAAAAUAUAAACACCACGCGCGGCAAAAACGAAACCCCCGAAGAAAAGAGGGAGCGGAAGAAGUCCGUCAAGGAGGCGCAACGUCUGAACCGGAAGUUGAAAAAGGAAAACGCCCUGCUGAUGAAGAGCGAGAAAAAAAUGAUGAACAAGAAUAGCAACCCCUUCGACAUCAGAGACAACGUCAAGUACAUUAAACUGUGA